AUGGACUUUGUAACGAGCAAGAUAGUAAAAACAUUAAGAAGUAAACAGGAAGAAGUUAAGUGGCCGAGGGGGGCCAAAGGGGGGCUGGCGCCUCACAAAGAUGCUCGCGCAGGCUGGAGAAUUACGGAACAAAGUCCACGCACCUACACCACCGCACCAAGCAGCGUUAUACCAUACAUUCCGUCGACUCGAACGUCGUGUGGAAAGAAGGCGACUGAGAGAUGCUCAGAAUCCUUUUCAGCUACCACGAGAAGAGUUUCUCAGCCUUUUUCGCCUGCCUCAAGAAGCUGUGAUGAAUCUUGGUUAACACCUCAGCAAAGCAGCAUAGGUGAUGCUGGAUAUCCGUUGGAGCCUUGGCUGUUAACACCUCUGGCCAAUUUUCCUGAAGAUACGCGACAACAUCAAUAUACACAACAACUAUGUAAGGCUAGAAGCGUCGUCGAGCGGUUUUUUGGAGUUUUUAAAUCUGUAUGGAGAUGCUUGUCAUACCAGCGAGUCUUGAUGUACGAACCAGCGUUCGCAGCGAAAAUUGUUAAUGCGUGUGCAGUACUGCACAACAUGAGAGUGCAACUACGAUUAAACAAUGAAGAUGACGAACAACUAGCACCGAUAGCUCAUCCCGUAGAGAAUGAUGUUGAUCCGAUGGAUCAAGAUGAAGAAUACAACAGACGGGGACCACGCGCUUUGGCUCAACGAAUUCAACAACAAAUUAUGAGAGAAAGAUUUCCCAACUUCCGUGAUGCGGAAGAAUAGAAUACAGAAUAUGGAAUGAUGUUUAUGGUUAAAUUGCCAACAAGUAUAAUGUUUAAAGGUGAUGAGAGAAAUUAACGACAACAGAGUCAGGGCGAUGUUACGCUCCUACGUACCG